AUCAAGAGGAAGGAAAAGAAGAAGAAGGAGCAUUAAAUGCCCAUUAACCGGGUGAUGAUCCGUGAGGAGAGAGCCGGUCAAUGAGGUUGAUCCAUGGGAUGGAGCAGAGGAGGCUCCGGUGCGCCGGUAGGAGGAGACUGAGUCCUGUCUUCCGUGUUUCCACCACUACUCUCGGUUCACUCGGGUUAUGUGCCCUCUCCCUCUUUAUUCUCGUCACAUAGUGAAUAUAAGGCAGUAGUACAGCAUCCUGCCACCGUCUCUGCUCCUCCACAGCCUCCUCUAUUAACACAGAAACCUCCUGGAGUGAUUAACCGCCUCCUCCAUGCAGCGGAGCUCCGGCUCGCAGCGCACCGGCUCCGGCUCCAGCCAUGUCGGCCCGGCACGCAGCGGCGGGCGGCGGUGACAGAGCGGCAGGAGAACCGGCAGAGGAUGUGCUGGUUGAGGAAAACCAAAGUGGUUCUGUCUCUUUGCCCAGCCUGAUGACUCCGUCCUCAGCUGCUGGCAUAUCCUUGAACAUGGAGAUGCCCCGGAAGCGCAAGGGCAGCGUGGACAUCCAGGAUACAAAAGCUGCUUCCAUGGAUAUGGACAUGGAAGAUAUGGAAGAUGACCAAAACGGGUCAGAUGGAGAGGACCAACAUGUCAAAAUUAAAUGCUUCAGGGAACCGCACAGCCAAAUUGAGAAGAGGAGACGGGACAAAAUGAACAAUCUCAUUGACAAACUAUCAGCCAUGAUCCCUACUUGUAACCCCAUGUCCCGUAAACUGGACAAACUCACUGUGCUCAGAAUGGCCGUGCAGCACCUCAAAUCUCUCAAAGGUUCAUCAAGUUCUUUUUCUGAAGCCAACUACAAACCAUCGUUCCUUCCCGACGAGGAGCUCAAACACCUUGUCCUCAAGGCUGCAGAUGGGUUCCUGUUUGUAGUUGGCUGUGAUCGUGGGAAAAUAGUUUUUGUCUCAGAGUCCGUCACGAAGAUAUUAAAUUAUAGUCGGGCGGAGCUGAUUGGACAGAGCCUGUUUGAUUACAUACACCCAAAGGACAUGGGAAAAGUGAAGGAGCAGCUGUCGGCUUCUGAAUUAUACCCACGUGAACGACUCAUAGAUGCUAAAACCGGUCUGCAGGUCCAGGCUGACCUCCCAGUCGGCGCUGCGCGGCUGUGUUCAGGCGCCCGCCGCUCAUUCUUCUGCCGCAUGAAGUACAACAAGAUUUCUGUCAAGGUGGAGGAGAAGGAAUUCCAAGCCAGCACUUCCAAAAAGAAAGAGUCGCAGAAGUUCUGCACGGUCCACUGUACGGGCUACAUGCGCAGCUGGCCCAGCAGCCAGCUGGGAGCGGAGGGGGAGGGCGAUGCGGACAAGCAGGACGGCUCCCACUUCAGCUGCCUGGUGGCGAUGGGACGCAUCCACUCCAGCUCAUCUCCACAGGUUAAUGGAGAAGUCCGAGUUAAACCCACAGAGUUCAUCACACGCUGUGCCAUGGAUGGCAAAUUCACCUUUGUUGAUCAAAGAGCGACGACCAUUCUUGGUUAUCUUCCCCAGGAACUGCUCGGGACGUCGUGCUACGAGUACUUCCAUCAAGACGACUUACCGCAUUUAGCUGACAGACAUCGAAAAGUGCUGCGGAGUAAAGACAAAAUAGAGACAAACUGCUAUAAGUUCAAAACAAAAUACGGUUCUUUUGUGACUCUGCAGAGUCAGUGGUUUAGUUUUGUAAAUCCCUGGACCAAAGAAGUAGAAUACAUCGUGUCAAGUAACACAGUUAUAUCGUGUGAUCACAGUCGAACCAGUCGGUCGGGAAACAAGUCUGUAAUGUCGUGCAAUUCCAGGACUUCUGAAGACGAUGGCAAGAAGUCCCUCCCGGUUAUACCAGGCAUCUCCACCUCACCCGGAGCUAUGAUUUACGCUGGAAGCAUCGGGACCCAGAUCGCCAACGAGCUGCUGGAUUUCAACAGGAUGAACUCAUCACCUUCCAGUGGCAGCGUCAGCCCGUUCAGUCUACCACAGGAGAAAUGUCCACAAACUCACAAUCAAAUCAGCAACAAUGUGCCAAACGGAGAGGCAACAGACAUGGAGAUUCCAGGAAAGUCCAGCUCAGAGGACGAGCCCCAGGGAGCUGCUUUCUCAGGAGCAGAGUCACUCAUGGGGGAGAACUCCCAGCUGGAUCUGGACAGCGUGGUUGGACCGGGCCUUAGUAGUCUGAGCAAUGAUGAAGCAGCCAUGGCGGUGAUCAUGAGCCUCCUGGAGACGGACACUAACUUGGGCGACGCCGUGGACUUUGAAGAUAUGCACUGGUCUUUAUAGGAUCUAGAGAUGCCGAAGCACUCUGAAAGACACUCGGACCAUCAUUUUUGUGAUGAGAACUGCUUGAAUGCUUCCUCUAAGACAGCAUUCCCUUUUCUCAAAGGACCUUUUAUUUAUUUAUUAGUUACCUUUUUCCAUAUAAGCUGUGUAGUCUUCGUGUGGCUGCUCUAACGGGGAGCGGGAUCGACGACUAAAAAGGGACGCCUCGCUGUCAGAAGGAGGAUGUGCCUCUAAAGCCUUACGGCGGUCUGCUCGCCCUGAACCGCUGUUCUUCACUGCUUUCCUUCACAUCGACCGUCAUCCUCCGUUUUACUGAAGAGGCCUCACAAGGUUGAAGAACCCGUGAUGACGGUGAUGUGAUGUACAUCAUGAUGAUGGCUCUGGAUUCUCUCCUCCACCCAACAAAGGUUGGGAGUGACGAUGCAAAAAAAAAUUGCACUGAAUCGAUUUCAUGUUGUUUUUUUUUUAUAUAAAAGGUUGUAAUUUGAUAAGGUACUGUAUGUUUGAUUAAAAUGUGAGGAAGACACCUUGACAA